AAAAAAUAUACACGAAAGUAGGGAAAAUUGGCUAGCCAAAAUAAAAAAUAGCGAAAAACAGGUGAAAAAAUGGAUUGUGAUCUAAACGGACCCUUAGUCAGGACACGUACCGUUCCUGUUAUUCCUGUUAUCCGAGGGCCGUGCACGUUUUUUGGGACAUGUGCAUGCACCGUGAAAUGAUAAUAUGAACCGAAAACAAUUUGAAUGCGUAGUGAAGAAUAAUUUGCAGGGGAAAUCGGAAUGGGACGGUGUAAUGGUGUAUUCAAUGUUUUUCACUUCUUUUUUCUGUUAGUUAUGCUCCCGUUGAGAUAAGUGCCAGGUCUUAUGGAUGGACAGAGAUAAAGGGUGCACUAUGCUUUGUUUUCAUUGAUUGAUAGAUUGGCCGACGAGCUCAUGCUAAGUGCCAUUGACUUGAUUGUUUGGUUGCUUGCGACAUGGCAGGGCACGAGAGGAUGACCAUGUACAUGCCGGGGAGCGGCCAUGAUGCUGCGGCGGCGGCGCUGAGGAAGAAGAUGGAGGAGAAGGAGGCUGCCGAGCUGCAGGAGGCCAUCGAGCUGCAGAACCGCCACUUCAUGGGGAUGCAGCUGCUCCACAGCAACAACAAUGAUAGCAACAGGCUAAGCAGUGGGCUUGCCAUGGGUGCAUCUGCCGCUGGUGCCAUGGCUGCAGGAUGGCAGCAGGAGCAGCAGUAUGAGGAGAAGGAACAGGACAACAAUGGCCACGGCAGUCCCAAGCAGCUGACAGUCAACUCUGGUGCUCGGCAGGCAGUUGCACCAAAUGUUGUUUGGGAGGAUAGUGACUUGGAGCUCAACCUGCCUGAAAACCCAUUUUAUUCCCCCACCAAGGCCUCCAUUGCUGCUGCUGAACCCUCCGCACCAGCUGCUUCUCUUAAGUGCCCAGGUUCUUCUCUGGGCACGGAGCAAUUGAACUGAAUAGACAAAGAAAAGGGGGGCCUUCCUCUAAGCUGGGAGGACUCAUGGCCCCAUCAAAUGGAGGUAGAAGAAGGGAGGAAAGCUUUGACAAAACUCUUCGUGUACCGUCAAAUCAACAGAGGAACAGCAAGGACAACAGUAUAAAGGAAACAUACUUAAUUUGGUUGCCUGGGCUCAUAGCUCGACAAAAAUAAUAUACCCAGCAUUUUCGUUUUCAUUUAGUAACUCCUUCAUAAAUAAUAAUGUAUGGUUGAGUCAAUACUCUCUGGUUUUAUGUAUGGACAUCGCUUGGAUUGGAUGAUGAUAAGUAGAAAUUGUAUGGACAUCAGUUGGAUUGGAUGAUGAUAA